AUGCAACUAUUAAUAUUGUUGAUCACAGUUGUUGAAGUAGCUAGUAUAUAUAAUGUAGGGAUGGUGGCCUAGCAAGACAAUACUGGACAUUAGUAUCAACUCCUCUGAAAUAACUAGCUGGUGGUGUUGCAAAGAAACAUAUUGAAAACCAUACCCUUGAACACAUGUGACUCAUAGGUGGACCUGUAGUCAUUUGGGGGAGGCUUAUUUGACUACUCUUAGCAUUUCUUCUUCUCCCUUUUUCACUCAUACAUAUACACACGUCACAUGUCUGAGAUGUAGUUGCAAUGAUGAAUCAGUAUUAAGUGAGUGUCGGUGGGAGGAAUGGACCUGCACAAUUGACACAUCCCAUGGUGGAUGCUUUACCAGAAGGACACGACAUGAAGAUGGAUCCAUCAAGCAAGACGAAGGCUGUGCAAAUACAGCCUGGAAUCCAACAUUCUGUGGCCGUGUCUCAGAGAUUCAGGCUAUUGAGUGCUGUAAUAACGGUGACAUGUGCAAUCAGUAUUUGACGCCUACUUUGCUCCCUCGAGCAAUUGUCACAACAACUAAAGCACCGCAGUCAAUAUCCAAUAUCCAUACUUCUUCUUUAGUCAGUGAUACUGUCACACUAAGAGUUAGCUCUACCAUCUUGGAGCUCUCUACAUCUCAUGCACUCUCUACACUCCUGAGUACCACCACUGAAGGAACAUUCUCGGUUUCGUCUGCACCAACAAAGACACCCUCUCCUACAUCUCAACCUGGUUUUACUCUGCUAUUGAACCAGUAAUUGGGGGAACAUGUUGUUCCUGUGUUUUUGUCAGUGGCUCAUCUGCAAUAGGGUGUUCUCUGAAACUCUACUCUGAUGAACACACACUGCUGGUCUUCAACAUUUCUCGGGGAACAAAUGAUUAUGUAGCAGUUUUAAAAUGCUUUACGAUGCAACAAACAGGGGUAUUUGGUACGUCUGUGCAUGAAAUACAAGAGGAUGGAUCUGAAGGGCCUUCUAUGUUGCACCUUCAAGAUGAAAAGCUUGAAAUCAGACCAAUCUGUGGCAACACCAAGACUGAGAGUGCUUCAAAAUCCAGAGUAAUGACUGGACUUUCAGUUGCACUGAGUCUAGCACUGGUUAUUCUCCUACUGACUACUCUGAUCACGUGCUUCUUGCUGGUUACAAACCAGAGGGCCAGACACAAGAGAAAUAGCACAAUCACACAAAGUGAUCUCCAAGCAGUUUCACCCUUGUGUCUUGAAACUGUUGAAGAUGAGAAACUAGAAACGCAAGCAGUUGUCAAAACAGUGAAGCUGUAAAGAAGAGAUGAAAGUAUUACAGUAGUUCGUUUGCAAACCAUAGUGUAUACCCAAUGAACUCUGCUACCCUAGGAAUUUAUUGCUGUUUCAUGUAACUGCUGACUUUGUAGAAAUUCACAUGUCCUACAGUUUCCUAGUCAACCGAGUUUGUUUCAAGUAACUGACCAUGUUGUCAGCU